AUGGCGAUGAUGAUGACUGUCCGUGUGCUGCUGGUGUGUACCCUCUGCCUGCUGUGGUGCGGUACUCCUGGCGGUAGGUGUGAAGGGGAGGAUACUCCAGGCUCUGGGAGUGAUGCGCAACUGGAUGGUGCUGAAAUUCUGCCGGAAUCAGAGGAACCUGUAACUUCUCCAGAAAGCUCCCAAGGCUUACCACAUGGAGUACCAGGCGUUAAAGAAAAUGUACCACCCGCAUUUCCCACACCUACAGAUGAAGAGGAUGAUGAUGAAGUUGAUGGUGAAGAGAAUGAAGAUGAAGAGAAGAAGACUCAAGAAGAAAGUAUAGAAGGGCAGGGUGAUAAAGGAGGAACAGGUGUAAUAGGCUCAGGUUCCAGGGAAAAUAAUUUAAGUGGCAGCGGGCAGGAAAAGAACCAGGAAAUUUUAUCUGCAGAAGGCAUUUCUCAUUCCAAAAGUCAGAAAUCAAAUGCCAAUCCUACGCAACCGGAAUUUGAAGAAAAGAAGGAAGCCGACAAGAGAACACCAUCAGCAGAGAAUCCACUCACAACAGGUAACGGAGAGCACACACUGCCUGAGGGAAUUGCGGAAGGAAAUCCUCCAUCGCCUCCAGAAGGGAGUGUUGCUUCCCGCAAACAGGACGGCGAAGACACCAAGAGUGAAGAUAAAAAAAAUGUUCCACCGCCUGCGACCGCAGCCACACCACAAAGACACCGAAACAAAGGCUCAGAAGGGACUGGGGAAGAUACAAAAGCAACAACAGUAGCCGCCAACAAAACAGAUACGACGAAUACACAAAACAGUGACGGCAGCACCGCGGUCUCCCACACCACCUCCCCUCUUUUGGUUCUUUUUCUUGCGUGUGCGGCUGCGGCUGCGGUGGUGGCCGCGUGA